AUGGUCACUGCAGCACAGCAGACUACUCCGUCCAAGCUUCCGGCAUGCGCUCAACUCUGCCUCAAGAGCGCUUUCGGUACAAACACCUGCGCUCCAACAGACCAAGCAUGUAUCUGCUCGAAUGAAGUCUUCCAGAAUAAUGUAACGCUGUGUGUGAGCACCAGCUGUACCAUCCCCGAAGCUUUAGCUACACGAAACAUCAGUCUUACCAACUGCGGAGCACCAGUACGCCAUCGCGGAGAACACUAUGUAACGUUAUCCAACGCCAUGGUAUCCAUAGCUGCCGCCUUCGUGGUGAUUCGGUUCACCUUCAAGGCCACCGUAUCAAGACUCGACUUUGGCUACGACGACUGGUGCGUCCUUGCGACACUCAUAGCCGCUAUACCCAGCGCCAUUAUCACUGUCUUUGGCACCGUGAAGAAUGGCCUCGGUCAAGAUCUCUGGGCCUUGACGCCGACGCAGAUUACCCAGAUGCUGCAAUACUUUUACAUCAUGGCGUGGCUAUACUUCCUCCAGCUCACGCUACUGAAGCUCACGCUGUUGUUCUUCUACAUUCGCGUGUUUCCCAGCAAAGAAGUCCAGCGACUGCUAUGGGGCACGGUCAUCUUCACCGUAUCAUGGGGUGUUGCAUUCAUCAUCGUUGCGGUAUUCCAAUGCCGACCCAUCCACUACUUCUGGACGAAAUGGGAUGGUAUGCACGAGGGCACUUGUCUAGAGAUCAACGCCAUCACUGCAUCGAACGCUGCCAUAUCGAUCGCAUUAGACUUUUGGAUCUUGGGUGUGCCUCUUUGGCAACUUUGGGGCUUGAAGCUACACUGGAAGAAGAAGGUUGGUGUAGCACUGAUGUUCUGCGUCGGAACUUUCGUUACAAUCGUCAGUAUUCUGCGUCUGCAGGCUCUGGUACACUUUGCCGCUUCGUCCAACGUAAGUUGGGAGUUCUACGACGUCUCAGUCUGGAGUUCGAUCGAGAUUUGCGUUGGUAUUAUGUGUGCUUGCCUUCCAACACUCCGUCUCCUCCUGGUCAGACUCUUCCCCAUCCUCAGUGGUUCCUCAGCACGCAGCCGUCAACAAUACUAUAAUUACGGUAGUGGCAACGAACUCAGGAACGUCAGCCAAAAACAAAAAUCCUACAACGUCAACACUGCUGUAUCGAGUCCUCGAACUGAAUCUUUCGAUGACAAGAUAGAAGACGGCAUUAGGGUCAAGACCUCAUACAUGGUCAAGCAUAGUCACAGCGGAGGCGAUACAGAUGAAGCGAGCCUGGCGCGCAACUGGCCACCUCUUUAUGUGCAACGACAUCAACUUCCAAGGACAAUGCCAGAACGUCCAGUUUACUACUGGCUCUUGCAGUACGAUGUUCCUAGCAGCGACAAUACUUUUGAAGACGCUACUUACAAGUACUCAGUUAACAUCGAUCCUCCUUUCAAUGACGGUAUCAGCUCCUUGGGCCCGGACGGCUUCUCCUGCACCAUCUGGAAGUAA